AUUAUGAUGAAGGAGGACGAUAAUUUGAUCGUAGCUGGACAGAUGGGAAUCCUAGACCUGGCCAACACGACGAUGGCUCACUUCCUGCAUUUUAGUCCUUCAUUCGUGAAGGAGGCCACAACUUCCAUGUUGGUCAUGUGGAGCCAGGAAGGAUCUCCGCUGCGCCAGAAGGGUUUUCAUUUUAUCAACACACCGAACGGAUUCGAGAUGGUGUACGACAUAUUCAAGAACUUCUUCAACAAAAAGAACCGCUCUCGGCUACACCUUCACAAGAGAAAAGUGGAAUCACUGUACAAGCACAUACCGAAGAGUAUGCUGCCAGCUGAGUACGGCGGUGAAGCGGGCCCAAUCCAAGACCUAGUAGAUGCAUGGGCUAAGAAGAUGCUAAGCUACAAAGAGUACUUCCAGGAGGAAGAGCAGUACGGUACGGAUGAGGAGAAACGACCGAGUCGGCCGAAGAAAGCAGAGACCCUGUUCGGAAUGGAGGGUUCUUUCCGGAAGCUCGAAGUGGACUGA